UGUCAGACAUUUGCCCCCUGUCCACCCAUUGUGUUUUUACCUACCGUCAAACAACGUUGGUUUUCUUCUGCAUCCGAGACUUUUCUGGUGAUGAUGAUCAUGAUAGUAACUUGAAAGUCACAACUAGUCUUGCCUAAACUCCUGCAAGUUUGGUUUUUUUUAGAUAUCUUCUUGUUUAUGCUACUGGGUUUAAGUUAAAGCCUGCAAAGAAGAAGAAGAAGAAAACAUCAGAGAAAUCUUGUAAAAACAGAGGGAGGAUUGGAAAUUUUGUAGGCUUCAGGGAUUAAAUUCUGAAAAUUUUAAAAGUGAUAAGAAUGGAUAGGUAUGAGAUUGUGAAAGAUAUUGGGUCUGGGAAUUUUGGUGUGGCCAAGCUGGUCAGAGACAAGUGGACAAAAGAGCUUUUUGCUGUUAAGUUCAUUGAACGAGGCCAAAAGAUUGAUGAACAUGUGCAAAGGGAAAUCAUCAACCAUAGAUCAUUGAAGCAUCCUAAUAUUAUAAGAUUCAAAGAGGUCCUAUUGACCCCAACUCAUCUAGCCAUAGUCAUGGAAUAUGCUGCGGGAGGAGAACUAUUUGAAAGGAUAUGUAAUGCUGGUAGAUUUGGCGAGGAUGAGGCUAGGUUUUUCUUCCAGCAACUUAUAUCAGGAGUCAGUUACUGCCAUUCCAUGCAAAUUUGUCAUAGAGAUCUCAAGCUUGAAAAUACACUCUUGGACGGCAGUACAGCACCACGUGUUAAAAUCUGUGAUUUUGGGUACUCAAAGUCAUCUGUGUUCCAUUCUCAACCAAAGUCUACUGUAGGAACCCCUGCAUACAUUGCACCAGAAGUCCUAUCUAGGAAGGAAUAUGAUGGGAAGAUUGCAGAUGUUUGGUCCUGUGGGGUGACCUUAUACGUGAUGCUAGUUGGGGCAUAUCCCUUUGAAGAUCCAACUAAUCCAAAAGACUUUAGAAAGACCCUUGAGAGAAUAGUCAGUGUCCACUACUCAUUUCCAGAUUAUGUCCGAGUUUCCUUGGAGUGUAAGCAUCUUCUAUCUCGGAUUUUUGUGGCAAACCCGGAGAAGAGAAUAACAAUUCAAGAAAUAAAAAACCAUCCAUGGUUCUUAACCAAUUUGCCCAUCGAACUGACAGAAGGAGGGAGCUGGCAGAGCAACGAUGUAAAUAACCCAUCCCAGAGCAUGGAAGAAGUACUAGCAAUAAUACAAGAGGCUAGUAAACCAGUUGAGGCAUCCAGAAAUGAAGGACAUUUGCUUGGAACAAGUGUGGAUCUGGAUGAUUUGGAUGCUGAUGAUCUUGACGAUGUUGAGACAAGUGGUGAUUUUGUGUGUGCAAUGUAAUCAAAGUGUACAAAAAAGGCCCAACUUCCCAGAUGUAUGGGCAUCAGAACUUUACUGCUGAACGAUUAAGAAAUUUCUCAUCCCAUGUAUAAUCCUUGUCCUGCCAUCUGGGACAUUUAUGAUGUUUGUGAAUCACACUUUGUCUUAUUUUAUAGAUAUUAAGAUACUAUCAA